AUGCCACGCGGCUACUAUCUCGGACAGGGCCUGAUCCCACUUGGUGAACACAGCAGCGAUGACGACGAAGGUCCUUGCGAGCUUCCAGACGGGCGCAUCGUCUGCGGCCCGCAUGGCCUUGUUAUCUGUGGCAAAUGCUGUAUGGACUUCAGCUUCAUGGAUGAAGUAAGGGAUGAGGCCGACGACGAUGACGACGACGACGACGAUUUCCCCGAGGUGGAUGCUGACCAGGACAUCGGUGAGGUCUCCCUGCAUCUUGCUACCCGAAGGGAAUAUGGCCAUGUAUUCCCCACCGAAUUUACGGAUGUCGCCGCCCCUCUCGAAAUAUUUCACGCCGAGUCUCGUCGUGUUGGCCUUGGAAUAACCAGAUACGUCCAUAGAAAUGAUUCUGGCAAGUGUCUGAUAAUGACAGAUGGUGCUUGUGCGAAUAAUGGCGCACCCAACCCCAAGGCCGGCUGGGCAUUUGUCGCCGGUCCAGGGCAAGUUAUCAGUGCCCGGCUAGAAACCGAAGGCCCUUUUGGCGAUCCAGGAAUCCAAAGCAGCAACAGGGCCGAGCUUCGAGCUGUCAUCGCGGCUCUUGAGUUUCGAGCUUGGGUGGGGGAAGGAUUUCGACAUCUUGUCAUUGCUACAGACUCUGAUUAUGUCGUGAAGGGUUCUACACAGUGGGCUAGAAACUGGAUUAGCAAUGGCUGGAGGACUAGCAGCGGGGCCGCUGUGAAAAAUAAGGACUUGUGGGAAAAGCUAUUAGGUGAGGUAGAACGGCACAACGACGACGGCUUGUUGAUUCAGAUGUGGCAUAUUCCAAGAGAGUACAAUACGGUGGCAGAUUCACGGGCGAAAGCUGCCACCGAGGUCGACGAGACACCCAGACAAUGGACCCGCAGAUAU